UUCGGUACCGCGAAUCACUUCCUCCGGAGGCUCAGGUGGGAAGAGAGAGAGAAAGAAACAAAGAGAGAAAUUAAAAAAGAAAGAAAGAUUGAAAGAAAGGAAGAAAGGCGAGCUGCGGGGAGAGACGAGUGAAUGAAUUAACGGCCCGCCAUGCUGUUCAGACUCGCCGUUUUCCUCCUGGUUUCUCUGCUCGUCUUCCUGGUGCAGAGCAGCACCACUGAAUCGUCAAAGAGCCCCGCCGCCUCAGUGAGCCCCUCUCUUCGUCCUCUUGUGAAUGACCCGAGCUGGACUCUGGGUGUGCGCCUCUACCAGGCCCUGCGCUCCGACCCCAGCUCUGUAAACACGCUCUUCUCCCCUCUCCUCUUGGCGUCCUCGCUUGAGGCGGCGUCUGAAGGCUCGGGGGGUAAAACCGCCGAGCAGAUUCGAGAACUUCUCAAGCCUCCUUCUGGGACCAAAGAGGCUGUUGGGGAACUUCUCUCCUUGGCGUUGACAAGCUUGGUUAAAGCUAACGGGACUAGCUUCCAGAUCCACACAUCCUCUGGUGUGUUCACCAAGCAGGCUCCUGCCAUCAGUCAGGCUUUUGCGAAGGAGAUCCAGAGCCGGUUCAGGCUGCAGCACCGGACGCUGGGGGAAGGGGACGCCAAGGCUGACCUGAAGCAGCUGCAUGAGUGGGCUGAGGCUGCGCUCAGUGGGAAGGAGAUGGCUCCUCUGGAGGCAGAAAUCAAGGCUAAAGCUGGAGCCAUGAUCCUGACAAAUGCUCUUCACUUUAAAGGGCUGUGGCAGUGGGAGCUGAGCGAGGAGAGCGCCGAUCGUCGCACCUUCCUGGGGAAGAAAUACACCAAAGUGAUUAUGAUGCACAGAGCAGGUCGGUAUCGCUUCCAUGAGGAUGUUGAAAACAUGGUGCAGGUUCUGGAGACGACUCUGUGGGGAGGCAAGGCCAGCCUUGUGCUCCUGCUGCCCUUUCAUGUGGAAAAUCUGGCCAGGCUGGACAAGCUGCUGACCCCAGAGCUGCUGUCAAAGUGGCUGGAAAGAACCGCCGUUACCGGUGUGGCCCUUUCUCUGCCCAAGGCAAACAUCACCAGCUCACUCAGUCUGCAGAAACAUCUUUCUUCUCUGGGUUUGAGUGACGCCUGGGACCAGAAGGCAGCCGACUUCUCCAGGAUGUCCGACAAGAGCAAAGGGAAGCUUCACCUGGGUGGCGCCCUCCACUGGGCUUCCUUAGAGCUCGAUCCCACAGCUGGUGAGCAGGACGCAGAUCUAGAGGAGGAGAACAUAGAGCGACCCAAGCUGUUCUACGCCGACCAUCCGUUCAUCAUCUUUGUUAGAGAUAACGCCACUGGAGCCCUGCUGCUGAUGGGCGCUUUGGACAACGUCGAGGAAGAGCUCCUACAUGAUGAACUGUAGCAUCUCUUUCUACUUCCUGUCUUUUUUCAUUUCUUCCACCGGUUCUUCUGUGGGACAGCUUGCUGGUUUCUGAGUGCAGACAUCGUCAUUCACUGCGGCACUCUUUCACAUCACGCUGUCAUACGCUGACACCGCCAUAGUCUUUUGGCUGACUGGCACUGACACCGCCAUAUCCGACAUUUACACUGUCACACACUCAGAGCUACACCUACACUGCAUGUAUAAAUGAUAACUCUGUACAAGACAUUACUGAAGUUGACGGAUACAGGAUAAACCUCCAACUCAAGAGAAAAUUGAUGGCGUUUCUUUUUCUUCCAAAAUCUGCCCCCACGCAGAACCCUUCAGAGACUGAUCAAGUCAACAGACCCGACAAAAAAGAUCACUGUAACGAACCGCCACACUGACACACAGGAGAGUGCUUAAAGAGACAGAAGCUCUCAUUGUCCAAAAAACACCAGGACUGGAUCAGGAGUGACACCGCGGUUGCUCUGGGUUUCCAGAGACCUGGACCAGCGUCCUCUGAGGGUCAACAGGGGAAGAUUGAUGGUCCACCCAAGUGCUUAUUGAUGAGUCGGAUAAUGCUAAUGACCGUAAUGCGUUAGAGUGUGUCAACAACAUGGAGAGGAUGGGCAAACCUUUUAAUCUCUUAAAUCCAUCGCUGAUCAAUGAUGCCAUUUUAUCAAAUGAAUCGAACUUGACUGACGUUGCGUGACCUAAAUGUAACAAAUUCAUGUUAAUUGAUUUCAAGAGGUCAAUGAG